AUGGCAUCAACGGUUUUGAACCAUGAAGCCGAUCGCCUCGCCCAGCUGAAGGCAUUCGACGCGACAAAAGCCGGGGUGAAAGGCCUUGUCGACGCCGGCGUAACCGAGGUGCCGGCGAUGUUCUACACGCCGGCUCACCUCCUCGACAACAAACCACCGCCGGCCGGCGACGAAAAGAAGUUCACUUUCCCGGUCAUCGACCUCCAAGGCGUGGCCACCGAUCCGGCCAGACGGAAAGAGAUCGUGGAGAGAGUGAGGGAUGCUUCCGCCACGUGGGGGUUUUUCGAGGUGCUGAAUCAUGGGGUUCCGUUGAAUGUUCUGGAGGAGAUGAAGGACGGAGUGAAGAGGUUCUACGAGCAGGAUCUGGAAGAGAAGAAGGAGUUCUUCACUCGGGAUUAUACGAGGAAGAUUGUGUACAACAGUAAUUUUGACUUGUUUACUGGGCAGGUGACCAACUGGAGGGACACCAACUGUUUUUUUACAUGGCUCCCGAUUCCUCCCAGCCCCAACAACUCCCUGCCGCUAACAGACCACGUCGGAGGACUCCAGGUCCUUCACCAAAAUCAGUGGGUCGAUGUGCCUCCAUUGCCGGGCUCCCUUGUCAUCAACAUCGAGAUCUGCUACAGCUUAUGUCCAACGACAAGUUCGUCAGCGUGGAGCAUAGAGUGCUGGCGAAUCGCAGUGCUGGGCCGAGGGUAUCCGUCGCGUGUUUUUUCAGUACGGGGAUGUUACCGAACCCGAACAAGUAUGAAACCCAUCGAGGAACUCUUGUCGGAAGAGAAUCCUCCCAAGUACAGGGCGACCACGGUUUCGGAGUACGUGACCUUUGUUACGAACAAAGGGCUUGAUGGGAAAUCUCCUCUUCUGCAUUUCACGGUCUGA